UCACAUGACCGUGUACACUGCUGCUGCUUCCAAUUAAAUUCAUCAAAGUUUGAUCAAAAUGACAAAGAAAAUUCAUGUGAAAAACUGAUUUUGGUGAAAUGGUUCUCGAACCACCGUGGACCGUAAAAAACAAAUUAUAAAAUAUACAAGUUAAGGCAAAUAUUAAAUAAAAUUUAUAGCCGAGUUCAUUUUUAAACAUCAAUUUGAAGCUCGCGCAGAUUGUCAAGCUGUCAUUUGGCUAAACAUAAUUCAUACAAUUGACGACAUUAAAAUGCUUUGGUUAUUAUUUGUUACCUUAAUUACCUAUUUUUGAUUUUUCUUUUAAUUUAUUAAACUUUAAUCAGUCCUCAUGUUUAACCUCAGAAUUUCAGCAUAUUUUCCAAUUUUCAAUUGUGACUAGAUCUUGUGACAAAAAACUAAACAAAAUUGACUCAGAUUUAGUUAACUCAUCGCGAAAAUGUUCAGCACGGAAUAUACUUUGGUGCUUUUAACACUACAGGUGUUCUUGGCAAUUAAUGGACAGUUCACGGAAGAGUGCCCCGACAUAUCUGUUCCGCAAGCUACAAAUGUCGCCUGUUACGUGAAUGCGGACUGCUGGGCUUCCCACUCCGAUGCAGGUGUCUGUGUAGUUGUCCAGGGUAACGCGAACUGCUACUGCUCCACAAACAACUUCGGAUACGCACUAAACCAAACAACACAAAUGUGUGACCUGCAAAUUGACGAAUGUGCAUGCGGUUACUCCGGAUGUCAGCAUAAGUGCACAGAUUUGGAUCCUGCAAUUGAUGCUACAAACAGACGAUUCGAAUGCUCAUGUAACGUUGGAUACACACUACAGAACCAGUUCAACUGCAUUGAUAUUGACGAGUGCGCUGUCAGCACAGUCUGCGGUGCCUCUGGUUCCUCUACCUGUUCCAACAACGAUGGUUCAUAUGUGUGCAAAUGUAAUGCUGGCUGGACUGACACCGGAAAUUUCUGCUCAGAUAUUGACGAGUGCGCUGUCAGCACAGUCUGUGGUGCCUCUGGUUCCUCUACCUGUUCCAACAACGAAGGAUCCUAUGUGUGUACUUGUAAUGCUGGCUGGACUGACACCGGAAAUUUCUGCUCAGAUCAGAUUCUUCCACCUGGGGAUGAGUUGGUUUCUUCGCAGUCAAAGGAAUUGGUUCCUAUGAUAUUCCAUUCUUUGCCUGCUAUUGAUGGCGACAACUCAACUUGCUCUUCCGGGCAUGAUAUCUUGCUGACCGAUUUGACAAGAACUGUAAUUGUUACUGGGAUCGGAGGCGUUUUCACAGAUAAUGGCUCAAAUAUCCUAGCUUACGCUGGUCCAGCUGGAGAUUUCACAACAUAUGAAGCGAGCAAAAAGCAGUGCGGUGGGAAAAUAGGAGACACGGUGAUCAAUGGUCUGCGUUUUGCCUUAUGCCCAGAGGGUAUCCCAGCCAGCAGAUUCAAUGUCCAAUCAACUCAGCACGUGUCAGCAUGCGAAACUGUCAUCUUUGGCUGGUUGGAGUGGAGGACAGAUAUCACAUUGAGCGUGAAAGUUGCUUCCAGCAGAUAUAUUCAACUGACAGGUAGUCAAAACGGCCACAAUGGAGAAAUAACAUCUGUCCAAAGGACAAAAUGUGUCAAAAUCUCGGACCAAACCGACUGCUCUGCAAACUUGGUUGGUAAACACGACGGAUUUGAAGUUGACGUUAUCUUCAACGAUCUUGAACCAGGGACUGGCUACUCAUUUUGGCUUGAAGGAGCUUCUGUGUUGUACUCGGAUGGAAGUUCAAAAAUAUACGACUCGGAAAGAAUCAACGUUUGCACCAAUGCUGAUGAGCCGCCAAAAAACAUCAACUGGUUCGAUCUGAGUGUGAUUUCGGACUACACUAUGUACUUAGCAGACGAGGCAACCAAAUUCGACAUUGUCCUCUCGCCUAUUGGCCCGCCCUGCUCGGAGCUCAGAAUGGUCACUAAUGGUCAGGAGGAAUCGAGACCGCUGAGAAUCGAGCAGAUGAAGCCAGGGUGCAAAUACAGGACCAAGUAUGCCUCCAAAUGCAUCGUGUCAAAUAACGGGACUUCUCAAACGACUCUUUCAAAUUAUGUUUCAUUUGACCAGUCGUUUUGCACAGCUCCAAGUAUUUCGACUGCUCAAAUAAGUGCAACAUCCGAACGUGAGUUCUACGGAGACCCUGAGCCAGCUUCAUAUCUUGCGUACCUCGAGUUUACUGGAUUUCAGACGGAAAACGGGGUGCUUUCUGAAUUCACUCUCGAACUAAAGCCUCAUUGUCCUGAUUUGGAUCCGAUGACUCUGGUUCAAACUGUAGUCUCAUCUUCGGCUAGGUUUGAUAAACUCAUUCCGUGUUGCGCGUACACGCUCAGUUACUCGGCUAUUUGCUACGCAGAUCUUAAUUCGGCUCAGUCGCCAAUUGUCGAAGCGAACGGCAACUUCUAUGCAGCUCCUUUCUUCAAACCAUACUAUUAUGCAAACCCACAGAAACUCUACGAUGACAGCGUGUUCAUGCCACCCGCUACUUUUAUUGGCAACUUCUUCGCGAGUGCAUCGGCAACGUAUACUAUUAGCAACUGCAAUUGCUACGAUGGAUUAAACAACCACUGUGAAUAUCCCAAAGUUUCAAGACCAUACAACUUGUCGUCUGAGGAAGGGUUUUUUGUGGGAUCUUUGCGGAAAGGGUGUGUCUAUACCUUCGAUUUAGAAGUGUCGUGUGCGGGAGGUCCUCCUACGUCAUAUUCCGGACAUGGUCCAAAUCUUCAUACUACGCUAGAUGAGGACGGGGUCCAAAACUUGAAGCAGUCGGGGGGAACUGCAAAUUCAAUUGUGCUUUCCUGGCAAGACAGAGGUGACUUCUCAUCCGGCUGGUACGAAGUUGUCAUUACGGCAACAUCGGAUCCUCUUUUGGUGUACUAUAGAGAAAUACUUGUAACGCAAAGAACACCAAGUUCAACAUUAGUCGAGUACAACUCUUUGAACUUUGUGUGGCUUCCUAGAGCUUCUUCAUUUACCUGUGCAGUGAACAAAGUGACCCAGGUCUUCAACGAAAUUCAUUUCACGAAAACUGUUUCGACUGAAAUCCAGUGCUCAACAGCAGGUUCAGAAGAAUGGCAACCAUCUGAAAUUACAGUUGAUCUGAAAUCCCCCUCUGUCUGGAGCAUAAGCUGGAAAACAUCCAAGGCAUUUUCAGAACAUGAAGACAGUCACUACCUUGUGUACUUUAUCACCGAUGGGUUGGAAACUUUGCGCGACAACGUAACAGCCGCUAAAACAGAUCUGUUCGCAACAAUAGACGGAAUCAAUCCUUGUGCUCACAACGAAGUGCGGUUACAGGCAACAUCUAAGUUCACAGGAGAAAAGUCUUCGUGGGUCACAAUCACCAACUGGCGGGAGUCCAUCAUCUCUGCUGAGCUGCUGACUAAAUUUCUCAACGUCGCCGAUCAAUGUGGUUUCUGUCCGAGUGACGAUUUGUCGAGCGUCUGUGUGUUUCCUUUCACAUACAUUUUCAAGAAAUACGAUACUUGUAUUCCAUCUGAAGAAAACAACGACAUAAUAUGGUGUCUGAAUAUGGAAGGUCAACAAAUCAACUGCUCCCAAAAACACGAUCCUUGUCUGCCUCGCCUUCCAGCAUUUACUGACCUCUCAAUCCAGACUAUUUCUUCUGGAGUGAUUGGACUGAGUUGGGAGGUGGACUCCCAAUACUACACAGGCUUCUCCGUAUAUAUCAACGGGAUACUAUACUCCACAACCAAAGCUCAAAGCAUUCAGAUCACCAAGGAGAUUGUUGAUGGUCAAACAUACUUAUUGGAGAUAGAAAUAGAGAGUUACGGCCGCGUGUCAGGAAACGAAACAAUCACCUUCCAAGCCACCGAUGAAGAUCGCAACGCUUUUGCCUACAACGCAACCUCGUCAUCAACGACAGUUUCAUGGGAUUCGCUUCGCAAUUUCGAUCAAAACGUUUCUGAAGAAUCUCGCGUGAAUAAAACCAGGAUUGAAAUUUCGAUUCAAGUCACAUUGUUGGUCGAAGCUAUGUUCACGCCUGAAGAGAUAGCCAGAAUGAACGAAAUUUUGGAUGUCAGCGAUUUGACAACAUCGCAGACCAUCGGAGGACUUUCGUCAGGACUAACCCACUUCGUGAAAGUACAGGGUUUGAACAUGAACGGGAGGGAGGUGGAGAACUCAACUUUACAGACAUUCACUCAUACAGUUCCAAAUCAGAUGAAACAAGAUGAUAACCAGUUGAGAAUUCUGCUGGACCUUGAACAAGGACUGGUGCUUCGAGGCAUUAUCACCAAGAACACCACAGCAACCACGUUGAACUUGAUCGCCCGCGAAGUCAUUCCGGAGACGGAAGUUUUUGUCGAUAAGAACAACAUAACUCUUGUUAUAUCACUGGAGUUGAAGGAGACAAACAGGUCCGAUCUGUCGUGCGAAAGUGACAGUUGCGUCGAUCUGAGUGACUUCUCCUUUGAACAGCUCGCUUUCCACGUUGAGAGUCUGAAACCAGGGGCCGAGUAUCAAUUCACCGUAUAUGGAAGUACAGGAGCGUCCGAGGCACAUCCGACAGAAAUUACCCAUUACCAAGUUCCCAACGCUGUUGUGGACUUCGUGGUCUACUUCUAUGACAGUAAUACCAUCAAAUUAUCCUGGCGUCCACCAACCGUCGGUUUCUUCAGGGCAUUCGUGUUAUCCUAUGUCGAUUCAUCAGGAAAUUUGAUCGAAAAAACAAUCGGAAGCUAUCUGAGGUUUGUAGCUUCCGAUUUGGAGCCUGGCCAUGAGUACACUUUCCAAAUAUGGACAGUCGCGGAUGAAGCAGGAGCGGCGAAGUCCACUGAAGGACAACUGACUCAAACCACCGCACCCCUGCCGCCAAGUGAGGUUAUAGUGACUGAAACCCCAGGAAGCGACGGCAGGUCAUUCGAAUUUACACCUCAACCCCCUCUUGAAGGCUUCUUCAGUCACUACGAGAUCACUGCAUUAAUGAAAUCACCAGAAGUUCUGUCUGAUAGUGAACAAUUUCUGCAGAGCGGAAACGCUGGCUUUCCUGUAACUGUAGGAAAAGGGUCGAGUUCGGUGUUGAACUUUUUAAAGUUUGGUACGGAGUAUCAAAUUAAUGUGUGGAGUGUGACUGAAAAUGGAGAGAAAAGUUUUCAGUCUAAAGAAGCCAAUGUAAUCACAAGGUUGCACAGUGAUACAUCUAAGCCAGAAGUGUUUUUCCAAAAUGCCAGUCUGAUGUGUGUCAUGUGGAACUUCGACAAGAGCUUGACCAACUAUAACAGAGUAGUUGCAGCAAUUAAGCUUCAAGUUCGGGAAUCCGACGUAGAGCCCCAGCAAGAGUCUGGGAUUGCAUGUUUCAACUUUAAUUCCAAUCACAAUCAUGGCUCACUUGCUACGAUUGAAUUUUAUACAAGCGCAUCGACCGAAAUUUCCGAAGCCGUGGAGUUCGACUAUCACCUUGAUAAUGAGAAAGGAUUUGACAUUGAACUUCAGUCACGUUGCGAGGAGACAUCUUGUGAGUUGAAACUGAAAGACGACAAACUUCCGAAGCGAUCCGAAUUCCAUUUCAAGUAUACGAUCGCCAUGCAAGACCCAGGUGGCAUACGCUACAGUUUGUUUGACACUGGGAUAUUUUGGGCAUCAAAGUGUCCAAAUGCUGAAGCUACUUGUGCUUUUUGGGUGAAUAACUUGAUACCAUCUCGAGAUUAUUUGAUGGAGAUGGAAAUCUACCUGUACAACGAUAAAUUGCCGUUCAAGUAUACGCACAAUUUAAGAACAGACCAAUCUCAAGUAGUUGUAGGAGAUGCAGCCACAAAGGACGCCGGAUCGAAUCUUGACCCGUUCAAGCUUCUGUUCAUCGCUACGGCUGCGAUACUCGCUUUGUACAUUGUGGUGACAUCAGUGAUAAUCAUCCGGAUGAAGAGACAGUCAAAUCACCCCCGAAGAGAGGAAGACACUGCUCCUACUGAGUACACUCAAAAUGUGGCGUACGAUCUGUACGCCUCUACUGAGUUUUCUGCCGACAUCAGCGAACCCAAAUCUGAUGGAUUGGAUAAUACCUCAAAUUAUCCCGUAUUCUAUCCAGAAUAGCAACAUGGACGAUUGAAGCCACCAAGUUUAUUCAGCAAACAAACCUUUGUACAUAAAAUUAAUGAAGAAGAAAUCUGUGGAAGACAAAAUAUACAUAGCCACUUUUUAUAAUUGUACAGUUUUGUUUUUUUUGUGUAAAAUUUUUCAUCGUUCAUUUGUUAGAAGUGGCUUUGAUGUAAAAAGUCAUGGAAAUAACGUAAUAUUUGGCUUGAUAUUUAGAAUACAAUCAAUUAUGUUUCGUACUUAUAGUUCAGUACAUCAUAAAAACAAAACACCAACAAAACAAUAAGUAACAUCUGCAUAUUUGUUUUCAUUUGCUUGUUGGUCUAUAAAUUGUAUUUAUUGAAGAAGUUUAAGAUGAACCAGGAAAUGAAAUGUUAUCGAAAGGUCGAAAAACGCGUUUCUCAACCUUAAACUUUUUACUCUUAACCUUGCUGUGAAUAGAUUAUUCUAAUCAAAUCAAUUUUUCGAUGAAUUAAAAAUUCUUUCAAUAAUCUCGUUCUCUGCUUGCGUUUGAUAUCCAGUAAGAAGAAUAUGUAUCAAUUUACUUUUUUAUGUAUUUUUGCAAUAUUUUCCCCUAGUAUUUCUUUCACAAAUCCAGCUGCUGUGAACAAAACUUCCGUCAACCAAUUACCACCUGUGAAUUCAUUUAUAAUCAAUGGCAUCAAAAGUGACAAGGGAAACUUUUAUGUGAAGUUGGUGUUUACGACAACAAUUGGGUUUUGUGGGGGCACAGUUGUUCAGAGGUUCUUUGUAAUUACUGCCGCACAUUGCGUUUCAGACAAAUUACCCAAUGAAAUUACUAUAGAGGCGGCCGACUUCACUAUUCCAAACCCAUGGAGAAGAUUCUAUCCGGUUUCUCAAAUAUUCUUACCACCAGGGUUUGAGAUGAAAUUCCCGCUCACAAAAGACUUAGCACUGCUCAAAACAGGACGCGCCAUCUCGUACAUGGAUAAACUCUCCCUCCCCCUCUGCAACAAAGUAGACGCGCAUCCUUUCGCCGACCUCACUUACACAAUGUUCGCCGCCUGUGGACUGGGACUGACAAGCACAUCAAAGGAGAAAGUGGAAUUCCCGGACACUCUUCAGGAGACUUUGUUCCAUAACGCCCUGUUUACCAGUUCGGAUCCAUUUGUAAUGGUGCCUUGCAGAGAAGACACCGUGUGUACUUUCCCCAUAAUGAGGGGAGCCAGCACUUGUUACCUGGACGACGGGGGUCCUCUUUACAAACUAGCAUGUGGCGCAACUCAGCCCGAGUGUCUAUACGGAGUGGCAAGUUACCAUCUCAAUCGGAAUGACACGCCUACUGAAAUCUGCAAUGACGGCAGUUUCUUCACCAAAGUGUCGUAUUUCUACGACUGGAUUGUUUUCACUAUUUUACAUAGCUGAAAUGAACACUACAAUAAAGCUGUUUUCGACCUCGCAGUAAUCAGACAAUUGAAACUUAUGCAGACAAUUAUAACUUAAGGAUUUAAUUGCACUUAUUUGCUAACGAGGAAUGAUUCAAAGUUUUUGUCAA